AUGUCCACUCUCCUGGAGAACAUCACUGCCAUCAUUGACCUAUUCGACCAAUAUUCAAACAAAUAUAAGGAGAAUAACACACUGAGCAAAAAAGAGCUAAAGGAGCUUCUGGAGGUGGAGUUUCGGCCAAUCCUGAAGAAUCCAGAUGACCCAGACACUGCUGAAGUCUUCAUGGAAAUCCUUGAUGUGGACCACAACAAUGAAAUAGACUUCACAGAGUUUCUUCUCAUGGUAUUUAGGUUGGCACAAGCAUACUAUGUCUCUGUAGGAAGAAAACACCACAGAACAUCAGGUAAAAAUGAGGAAGAGCAUGGAAACCAUAAUCAAUUUGAAGAAGAUGACACAGAAGAAGAAACAGAGGAAGAAGAGAAGGAUGAAACUACCAGAAAGACAAGAGUAUCAAAAAACAAAGAAAAAGGAGAGAAAUCAAGAUCCAAGAGUCCAAGAGGGAGCAGGAAGAGAGAUCAUGACGCUGAUUCAAGCGGUCAUAGAGGGAACCAUGAAAAAUCAACACAGGGACACAAAAGAGGACAUGGGAAAAAACAGAAUGUUUUACCUGAGGAAAAGCAAGUUAGAUCAGGACCAAAAGAAGUACAAGAAAGAAGACACAAGUCAAAUAUCAGCACAAUAAAUGCAAACGAAGAAAAUACUGGUGAUGAAUACACCUCAGGUCAUAAGAGGAACAGGAAAGGACAGUCAGAAGAUUCCGGGAGACAAUCCUCCACCACCCAUGGCGGGCCUGGCGCCAGUUCAGGAAAACAACAUGGGUCUGCCCAUGGCCUUGAUGGAGGCAGCUCAGGGCACACAGGACCACAUCAAGGGCAGACUGAAUCCCACUUGCACUCAGACUCUACCCGCACGCAGGCAGGAUCCGGUCGUAGAGACAGGAAAGGGCACGGCCAUGGGCAGUCAGGAGACACCGCCAGGCACUCAGGGACUGGACAUGGAGCAAAGGCAUCCGGAUCCCCACACAGCAAACAUCAGGAAGCCAGUGUGAGUCAGGACAGCGACAAUGAAGGACAGUCAGAACUCUCUGAUGGUCAGUCAGGGUCAACCCACAGAAACGCUGGGUCCACUCAAACAAAACAACGUGGGUCCACACGUGGACAGUCAGCAGAAAAGCACGGGCACUCUGGGUCCCGUCUGUACCAGGUAGUCUCCGAAGAGGAGCCUGAUUCAGCCCAUGCACAGGAAACAGCCAGCACCAAGGACAAGAAAGCAACGCACCACGAGCAGGCAAGAGACAGCACCCGACAUGCUGGCACCCAUGAGCGUCAGGCAACAACUGGUGGUCGCUCUGAGACUUCCUCCCGUGGGACAUCUGGAACCAGCACCAGAGGGAAACAAGAAACCCAUCCCCAGGAGGCAAGAGAUGGCUCCAGACACACAGGGUCUAGUCACAGCCAGGCAGACAGCUCUGGACGUGCACAGUCCGGCCACGGACACCAGUCAUCCACACGCCAGCCAAGCGCUCACCGAGGGUCCAGCAUAAGCCAGGACAGUGACAGUGAAGGGCAGUCAGAAGAUUCCGGGAGACAAUCCUCCACCACCCUUGGUGGACCUGGGGCCGGUUCAGGAAAACAACAUGGGUCUACCCGUGGCCUUGCUGGAGGCAGCUCAGGGCACACGGGAUCAUAUCAAGGGCAGACUGACUCCCACUUGCACUCAGACUCUGCCCGCACGCAGGCAGGAUCCACUACUAGAGACAGGAAAGGGCACAGUCAAGGGCAGUCAGGAGACACCGCCAGGCACUCAGGGACUGGACACAGAGCAAAGGCAUCCGGAUCCCCACACAGCAAACAUCGGGAAGCCAGUGUGAGUCAGGACAGCGACAGUGAAGGACAGUCAGAACUCUCUGAUGGUCAGUCAGGGUCAACCCACAGAAACGCUGGGUCCACUCAAACAAAACAACGUGGGUCCACACGUGGACAGUCAGCAGAAAAGCACGGGCACUCUGGGUCCCGUCUGUACCAGGUAGUCUCCGAAGAGGAGCCUGAUUCAGCCCAUGCACAGGAAACAGCCAGCACCAAGGACAAGAAAGCAACGCGCCACGAGCAGGCAAGAGACAGCACCCGACACGCUGGCACCCAUGAGCGUCAGGCAACAACUGGUGGUCGCUCUGAGACUUCCUCCCAUGGGACGUCUGGAACCAGCACCAGAGGGAAAAAAGAAACCCAUCCCCAGCAGGCAAGAGAUGGCUCCAGACACACAGGGUCUCGUCAUAGCCAGGCAGACGGCUCUGGACGUGCACAGUCCAGCCACGGACACCAGUCUUCCUCACGCCAGCCAAGUGCUCACCGAGGGUCCAGCAUAAGCCAGGACAGUGACAGUGAAGGACAGUCAGAAGAUUCCGGGAGACAAUCCUCCACCACCCCUGGCGGGCCUGGGGCCGGUUCAGGAAAACACCAAGGGUCUACCCGUGGCCUUGCUGGAGGCAGCUCAGGGCACACGGGACCACAUCAAGGGCAGACUGACUCCCACUUGCACUCAGACUCUGCCGCAAGCAAGCAGGAUCCACUACUAGAGACAGGAAAGGGCACGGCCAUGGGCAGUCAGGAGACACCGCCAGGCACUCAGGGACUGGACACGGAGCAAAGGCAUCUGGAUCCCCACACAGCAAACAUCGGGAAGCCAGUAGUCUCCGAAGAGGAGCCUGAUUCAGCCCAUGCACAGGAAACAGCCAGCACCAAGGACAAGAAAGCAACGCACCACGAGCAGGCAAGAGACAGCACCCGACACGCUGGCACCCAUGAGCGUCAGGCAACAACUGGUGGUCGCUCUGAGACUUCCUCCCGAGGGACGUCUGGAACCAGCACCAGAGGGAAACAAGAAACCCAUGCCCAGCUGGCAAGAGACGGCUCCAGACACACAGGGCCUCAUCACAGCCAGGCAGACAGCUCUGGACAUGCACAUUCCGGCCACGGACACCAGUCAUCCACACACCAGCCAAGUGCUCACCGAGGGUCCAGCAUAAGCCAGGACAGUGACAGUGAAGGACAGUCAGAAGAUUCCGGGAGACAAUCCUCCACCACCCUUGGUGGGCCUGGGGCCGGUUCAGGAAAACAACAUGGGUCUACCCGUGGCCUUGCUGGAGGCAGCUCAGGGCACACGGGACCACAUCAAGGGCAGACUGACUCCCACUUGCACUCAGACUCUGCCCGCAAGCAAGCAGGAUCCACCACUAGAGACAGGAAAGGGCACAGCCAUGGGCAGUCAGGAGACACCGCCAGGCACUCAGGGACUGGACACGGAGCAAAGGCAUCCGGAUCCCCACACAGCAAACAUCGGGAAGCCAGUGUGAGUCAGGACAGCGACAGUGAAGGACAGUCAGAACUCUCUGAUGGUCAGUCAGGGUCAACCCACAGAAACGCUGGGUCCACUCAAACAAAACAACGUGGGUCCACACGUGGACAGUCAGCAGAAAAGCACGGGCACUCUGGGUCCCGUCUGUACCAGGUAGUCUCCGAAGAGGAGCCUGAUUCAGCCCAUGCACAGGAAACAGCCAGCACCAAGGACAAGAAAGCAACGCGCCACGAGCAGGCAAGAGACAGCACCCGACACGCUGGCACCCAUGAGCGUCAGGCAACAACUGGUGGUCGCUCUGAGACUUCCUCCCAUGGGACGUCUGGAACCAGCACCAGAGGGAAAAAAGAAACCCAUCCCCAGCAGGCAAGAGAUGGCUCCAGACACACAGGGUCUCGUCAUAGCCAGGCAGACGGCUCUGGACGUGCACAGUCCGGCCACGGACACCAGUCUUCCUCACGCCAGCCAAGCGCUCACCGAGGGUCCAGCAUAAGCCAGGACAGUGACAGUGAAGGACAGUCAGAAGAUUCCGGGAGACAAUCCUCCACCACCCCUGGCGGGCCUGGGGCCGGUUCAGGAAAACACCAAGGGUCUACCCGUGGCCUUGCUGGAGGCAGCUCAGGGCACACGGGACCACAUCAAGGGCAGACUGACUCCCACUUGCACUCAGACUCUGCCCGCAAGCAAGCAGGAUCCACUACUAGAGACAGGAAAGGGCACAGCCAUGGGCAGUCAGGAGACACCGCCAGGCACUCAGGGACUGGACACGGAGCAAAGGCAUCUGGAUCCCCACACAGCAAACAUCGGGAAGCCAGUGUGAGUCAGGACAGCGACAGUGAAGGACAGUCAGAACUCUCUGAUGGUCAGUCAGGGUCAACCCACAGAAACGCUGGGUCCACUCAAACAAAACAACGUGGGUCCACACGUGGACAGUCAGCAGAAAAGCACGGGCACUCUGGGUCCCGUCUGUACCAGGUAGUCUCCGAAGAGGAGCCUGAUUCAGCCCAUGCACAGGAAACAGCCAGCACCAAGGACAAGAAAGCAACGCGCCACGAGCAGGCAAGAGACAGCACCCGACACGCUGGCACCCAUGAGCGUCAGGCAACAACUGGUGGUCGCUCUGAGACUUCCUUCCGUGGGACAUCUGGAACCAGCACCAGAGGGAAACAAGAAACCCAUGCCCAGCUGGCAAGAGACGGCUCCAGACACACAGGGUCUAGUCACAGCCAGGCAGACAGCUCUGGACAUGCACAUUCCGGCCACGGACACCAGUCAUCCACACGCCAGCCUAGCGCUCACCGAGGGUCCAGCAUAAGCCAGGACAGUGACAGUGAAGGGCAGUCAGAAGAUUCCGGGAGACAAUCCUCCACCACCCCUGGUGGGCCUGGGGCCGGUUCAGGAAAACAACAUGGGUCUACCCGUGGCCUUGCUGGAGGCAGCUCAGGGCACUCGGGACCACAUCAAGGGCAGACUGACUCCCACUUGCACUCAGACUCUGCCCGCAAGCAAGCAGGAUCCACCACUAGAGACAGGAAAGGGCACAGCCAUGGGCAGUCAGGAGACACCGCCAGGCACUCAGGGACUGGACACGGAGCAAAGGCAUCUGGAUCCCCACACAGCAAACAUCGGGAAGCCAGUGUGAGUCAGGACAGCGACAGUGAAGGACAGUCAGAACUCUCUGAUGGUCAGUCAGGGUCAACCCACAGAAACGCUGGGUCCACUCAAACAAAACAACGUGGGUCCACACGUGGACAGUCAGCAGAAAAGCACGGGCACUCUGGGUCCCGUCUGUACCAGGUAGUCUCCGAAGAGGAGCCUGAUUCAGCCCAUGCACAGGAAACAGCCAGCACCAAGGACAAGAAAGCAACGCGCCACGAGCAGGCAAGAGACAGCACCCGACACGCUGGCACCCAUGAGCGUCAGGCAACAACUGGUGGUCGCUCUGAGACUUCCUCCCAUGGGACGUCUGGAACCAGCACCAGAGGGAAAAAAGAAACCCAUCCCCAGCAGGCAAGAGAUGGCUCCAGACACACAGGGUCUCGUCAUAGCCAGGCAGACGGCUCUGGACGUGCACAGUCCAGCCACGGACACCAGUCUUCCUCACGCCAGCCAAGCGCUCACCGAGGGUCCAGCAUAAGCCAGGACAGUGACAGUGAAGGACAGUCAGAAGAUUCCGGGAGACAAUCCUCCACCACCCUUGGCGGGCCUGGGGCCGGUUCAGGAAAACACCAAGGGUCUACCCGUGGCCUUGCUGGAGGCAGCUCAGGGCACACAGGACCACAUCAAGGGCAGACUGACUCCCACUUGCACUCAGACUCUGCCCGCAAGCAAGCAGGAUCCACUACUAGAGACAGGAAAGGGCACAGCCAUGGGCAGUCAGGAGACACCGCCAGGCACUCAGGGACUGGACACGGAGCAAUGGCAUCUGGAUCCCCACACAGCAAACAUCGGGAAGCCAGUGUGAGUCAGGACAGCGACAGUGAAGGACAGUCAGAACUCUCUGAUGGUCAGUCAGGGUCAACCCACAGAAACGCUGGGUCCACUCAAACAAAACAACGUGGGUCCACACGUGGACAGUCAGCAGAAAAGCACGGGCACUCUGGGUCCCGUCUGUACCAGGUAGUCUCCGAAGAGGAGCCUGAUUCAGCCCAUGCACAGGAAAAAGCCAGCACCAAGGACAAGAAAGCAACGCGCCACGAGCAGGCAAGAGACAGCACCCGACACGCUGGCACCCAUGAGCGUCAGGCAACAACUGGUGGUCGCUCUGAGACUUCCUCCCGUGGGACGUCUGGAACCAGCACCAGAGGGAAACAAGAAACCCAUGCCCAGCUGGCAAGAGACGGCUCCAGACACACAGGGUCUAGUCACAGCCAGGCAGACAGCUCUGGACAUGCACAUUCCGGCCACGGACACCAGUCAUCCACACGCCAGCCUAGCGCUCACCGAGGGUCCAGCAUAAGCCAGGACAGUGACAGUGAAGGGCAGUCAGAAGAUUCCGGGAGACAAUCCUCCACCACCCUUGGUGGACCUGGGGCCGGUUCAGGAAAACAACAUGGGUCUACCCGUGGCCUUGCUGGAGGCAGCUCAGGGCACACGGGACCACAUCAAGGGCAGACUGACUCCCACUUGCACUCAGACUCUGCCCGCACGCAGGCAGGAUCCACUACUAGAGACAGGAAAGGGCACAGUCAAGGGCAGUCAGGAGACACCGCCAGGCACUCAGGGACUGGACACAGAGCAAAGGCAUCCGGAUCCCCACACAGCAAACAUCGGGAAGCCAGUGUGAGUCAGGACAGCGACAGUGAAGGACAGUCAGAACUCUCUGAUGGUCAGUCAGGGUCAACCCACAGAAACGCUGGGUCCACUCAAACAAAACAACGUGGGUCCACACGUGGACAGUCAGCAGAAAAGCACGGGCACUCUGGGUCCCGUCUGUACCAGGUAGUCUCCGAAGAGGAGCCUGAUUCAGCCCAUGCACAGGAAACAGCCAGCACCAAGGACAAGAAAGCAACGCGCCACGAGCAGGCAAGAGACAGCACCCGACACGCUGGCACCCAUGAGCGUCAGGCAACAACUGGUGGUCGCUCUGAGACUUCCUCCCAUGGGACAUCUGGAACCAGCACCAGAGGGAAAAAAGAAACCCAUCCCCAGCAGGCAAGAGAUGGCUCCAGACACACAGGGUCUCGUCAUAGCCAGGCAGACGGCUCUGGACGUGCACAGUCCGGCCAUGGACACCAGUCAUCCACACGCCAGCCAAGCGCUCACCGAGGGUCCAGCAUAAGCCAGGACAGUGACAGUGAAGGACAGUCAGAAGAUUCCGGGAGACAAUCCUCCACCACCCCUGGCGGGCCUGGGGCCGGUUCAGGAAAACACCAAGGGUCUACCCGUGGCCUUGCUGGAGGCAGCUCAGGGCACACGGGACCACAUCAAGGGCAGACUGACUCCCACUUGCACUCAGACUCUGCCCGCAAGCAAGCAGGAUCCACUACUAGAGACAGGAAAGGGCACAGCCAUGGGCAGUCAGGAGACACCACCAGGCACUCAGGGACUGGACACGGAGCAAAGGCAUCCGGAUCCCCACACAGCAAACAUCGGGAAGCCAGUGUGAGUCAGGACAGCGACAGUGAAGGACAGUCAGAACUCUCUGAUGGUCAGUCAGGGUCAACCCACAGAAACGCUGGGUCCACUCAAACAAAACAACGUGGGUCCACACGUGGACAGUCAGCAGAAAAGCACGGGCACUCUGGGUCCCGUCUGUACCAGGUAGUCUCCGAAGAGGAGCCUGAUUCAGCCCAUGCACAGGAAACAGCCAGCACCAAGGACAAGAAAGCAACGCACCACGAGCAGGCAAGAGACAGCACCCGACACGCUGGCACCCAUGAGCGUCAGGCAACAACUGGUGGUCGCUCUGAGACUUCCUUCCGUGGGACAUCUGGAACCAGCACCAGAGGGAAACAAGAAACCCAUGCCCAGCUGGCAAGAGACGGCUCCAGACACACAGGGCCUCAUCACAGCCAGGCAGACAGCUCUGGACAUGCACAUUCCGGCCACGGACACCAGUCAUCCACACGCCAGCCUAGCGCUCACCGAGGGUCCAGCAUAAGCCAGGACAGUGACAGUGAAGGGCAGUCAGAAGAUUCCGGGAGACAAUCCUCCACCACCCCUGGUGGGCCUGGGGCCGGUUCAGGAAAACAACAUGGGUCUACCCGUGGCCUUGCUGGAGGCAGCUCAGGGCACACGGGACCACAUCAAGGGCAGACUGACUCCCACUUGCACUCAGACUCUGCCCGCAAGCAAGCAGGAUCCACCACUAGAGACAGGAAAGGGCACAGCCAUGGGCAGUCAGGAGACACCGCCAGGCACUCAGGGACUGGACACGGAGCAAAGGCAUCUGGAUCCCCACACAGCAAACAUCGGGAAGCCAGUGUGAGUCAGGACAGCGACAGUGAAGGACAGUCAGAACUCUCUGAUGGUCAGUCAGGGUCAACCCACAGAAACGCUGGGUCCACUCAAACAAAACAACGUGGGUCCACACGUGGACAGUCAGCAGAAAAGCACGGGCACUCUGGGUCCUGUCUGUACCAGGUAGUCUCCGAAGAGGAGUCUGAUUCAGCCCAUGCACAGGAAACAGCCAGCACCAAGGACAAGAAAGCAACGCACCACGAGCAGGCAAGAGACAGCACCCGACAUGCUGGCACCCAUGAACAUCAGGCAGUCACUGGUGGUCGCUCUGAGACUUCCUCCCGUGGGACGUCUGGAACCAGCACCAGAGGGAAACAAGAAACCCAUCCCCAGCAGGCAAGAGAUGGCUCCAGACACACAGGGUCUAGUCACAGACAGGCAGACGGCUCCGGACCUGCACAUUUCGGCCACGGACACCAGUCAUCCACACGCCAGCCAAGUGCUCACAGAGGGUCCAGUAUUAGUCAGGACAGUGACAGCGAAGGACACUCAGAAAAUUCCAGGAGACAAUCCACCACCCCUGGCGGGCUUGGGGCCGGUUCAGGAAAACAACAUGGGUCUACCCGUGGCCUUGCUGGAGGCAGCUCAGGGCACACGGGGUCACAUCAAGGGCAGACUGACUCCCACUUGCACUCAGACUCUGCCCGCACGCAGGCAGGAUCCAGUACUAGAGACAGGAAAGGGCACAGUCAAGGGCAGUCAGGAGACACCGCCAGGCACUCAGGGACUGGACACGGAGCAAAGGCAUCUGGAUCCCCACACAGCAAACAUCGGGAAGCCAGUGUGAGUCAGGACAGUGACAGUGAAGGACAGUCAGAACUCUCUGAUGGUCAGUCAGGGUCAACCCACAGAAACGCUGGGUCCACUCAAACAAAACAACGUGGGUCCACACGUGGACAGUCAGCAGAAAAGCACGGGCACUCUGGGUCCCGUCUGUACCAGGUAGUCUCCGAAGAGGAGCCUGAUUCAGCCCAUGCACAGGAAAAAGCCAGCACCAAGGACAAGAAAGCAACGCACCACGAGCAGGCAAGAGACAGCACCCGACACGCUGGCACCCAUGAGCGUCAGGCAACAACUGGUGGUCGCUCUGAGACUUCCUCCCGUGGGACAUCUGGAACCAGCACCAGAGGGAAACAAGAAACCCAUCCCCAGCAGGCAAGAGAUGGCUCCAGACACACAGGGUCUAGUCACAGCCAGGCAGACAGCUCUGGACAUGCACAGUCCGGCCACGGACACCAGUCAUCCACACGCCAGCCAAGCGCUCACCGAGGGUCCAGCAUAAGCCAGGACAGUGACAGUGAAGGACAGUCAGAAGAUUCCGGGAGACAGUCCUCCACCACCCUUGGCGGGCCUGGGGCCGGUUCAGGAAAACAACAUGGGUCUACCCGUGGCCUUGCUGGAGGCAGCUCAGGGCACACGGGACCACAUCAAGGGCAGACUGACUCCCACUUGCACUCAGACUCUGCCCGCACGCAGGCAGGAUCCACUACUAGAGACAGGAAAGGGCACGGCCAUGGGCAGUCAGGAGACACCGCCAGGCACUCAGGGACUGGACACGGAGCAAAGGCAUCUGGAUCCCCACAUAGCAAACAUCGGGAAGCCAGUGUGAGUCAGGACAGCGACAGUGAAGGACAGUCAGAACUCUCUGAUGGUCAGUCAGGGUCAACCCACAGAAACGCUGGGUCCACUCAAACAAAACAACGUGGGUCCACACGUGGACAGUCAGCAGAAAAGCACGGGCACUCUGGGUCCCGUCUGUACCAGGUAGUCUCCGAAGAGGAGCCUGAUUCAGCCCAUGCACAGGAAAAAGCCAGCACCAAGGACAAGAAAGCAACACGCCACGAGCAGGCAAGAGACAGCACCCGACAUGCUGGCACCCAUGAACAUCAGGCAACAACUGGUGGUCGCUCUGAGACUUCCUCCCGUGGGACGUCUGGAACCAGCACCAGAGGGAAACAAGAAACCCAUGCCCAGCUGGCAAGAGACGGCUCCAGACACACAGGGCCUCAUCACAGCCAGGCAGACAGCUCUGGACAUGCACAUUCCGGCCACGGACACCAGUCAUCCACACGCCAGCCAAGCGCUCACCGAGGGUCCAGCAUAAGCCAGGACAGCGACAGUGAAGGACAGUCAGAAGAUUCCGGGAGACAAUCCUCCACCACCCUUGGUGGACCUGGGGCCGGUUCAGGAAAACAACAUGGGUCUACCCGUGGCCUUGCUGGAGGCAGCUCAGGGCACUCGGGACCACAUCAAGGGCAGACUGACUCCCACUUGCACUCAGACUCUGCCCGCAAGCAAGCAGGAUCCACUACUAGAGACAGGAAAGGGCACAGCCAUGGGCAGUCAGGAGACACCACCAGGCACUCAGGGACUGGACACGGAGCAAAGGCAUCUGGAUCCCCACACAGCAAACAUCGGGAAGCCAGUGUGAGUCAGGACAGCGACAGUGAAGGACAGUCAGAACUCUCUGAUGGUCAGUCAGGGUCAACCCACAGAAACGCUGGGUCCACUCAAACAAAACAACGUGGGUCCACACGUGGACAGUCAGCAGAAAAGCACGGGCACUCUGGGUCCCGUCUGUACCAGGUAGUCUCCGAAGAGGAGCCUGAUUCAGCCCAUGGACAGGAAAAAGCCAGCACCAAGGACAAGAAAGCAACACGCCACGAGCAGGCAAGAGACAGCACCCGACAUGCUGGCACCCAUGAACAUCAGGCAACAACUGGUGGUCGCUCUGAGACUUCCUCCCGUGGGACGUCUGGAACCAGCACCAGAGGGAAACAAGAAACCCAUCCCCAGCAGGCAAGAGAUGGCUCCAGACACACAGGGUCUAGUCACAGACAGGCAGACGGCUCCGGACCUGCACAGUCCGGCCACGGACACCAGUCAUCCACACGCCAGCCAAGUGCUCACAGAGGGUCCAGUAUUAGUCAGGACAGUGACAGCGAAGGACACUCAGAAGAUUCCAGGAGAAAAUCCACCACCCCUGGUGGGCUUGGGGCCGGUUCAGGAAAACAACAUAGGUCUACCCGUGGCCUUGCUGGAGGCAGCUCUGAAUACAAAGUACCACAUCAAGGGCAGACUGACUCCCACUGGCACUCAGACUCUGCCCGUACGCAGGUAGGAUCUGAUACCAAGUACAGGAAAGGGCACAGCCAUGGUCAGUUAGGAGAUACCGCCAGGCACUCAGGGACUCGACAUGGAGCAAAGGUCUCUGGAUCCCGAGACAGCAAACAUGGAGAAUCCAGUGUCAGUCAGCACAGUGACAGUGAGGAACAAUUGGAAUCUGAACACCCUGAUGAUCAGUCAGGGAGUGUUCUUGCCCACACAGGGAGUUUAAGAAAACACAAAACAUUACAUAAGAGUCAUUCAUCUACUAACAGUGAGAACUUACAUAACCGUGAUACUUCAAAAGAACUAGGGUUUUAUGUGUCACAAAGUUACUAUUAUUAUGAGUGA